CUGAAUUUCGAUUUCUCAAUGGGCUGUUUGCCUGUCAAUCGGGACACAUCCAACAAGUUUGUGUGCACACAUGAAAGGCUCUGAGUUGGUUGUUAUGGGGUUGACUUAUACCUCCGAAAUUAUCUGAGGCCUGUACUGCAAAGCAGGAUUUCAUCUUACACAGCAGACUUGAUGUGACCCUGUGACCCCUGGUUGCCAGGGAGCAAGCGGUGGGGCCAUGGCUGCGGGGACUAGGGUCGAGGAGAAUCAGCUCCAGAGGAUUAUCCGAGAUCUGCACGAGUCUGUCGCAGAGCUUGCAAAGGAAUACAGCGAAACUGGGGAGCCAAUCACCGAUGACAGCACUAAUCUCCACAAAUUUGCCAACAAACUGGAGUACCUGCUGCAGUUUGACCAGAAAGAAAAGACCACAUUUCUUGGCACAAAGAAGGACUACUGGGAUUACUUCAGUGAUUGUCUGGCUAAGAUCAAAGGAGCCAAUGAUGGUAUCCGCUUUGUGAAAUCCAUCACUGAGCUAAAAACCUCUCUGGGGAAGGGAAGAGCAUUUAUUCGCUACUCCCUCGUGCAUCAGCGACUGGCUGACACACUGCAACAGUGCCUAAUGAACCAAAGAGUCACCAGUGACUGGUACUAUGCAAGAAGUCCUUUUUUGAAGCCCCACCUUAGUGUUGACAUCAUCAAUCACUUGUACGAGCUCAACGAAGUCCAGUUUGAUGUGGCAUCCAGAGGCUAUGACCUUGAUGCCUCCUGGCCAACCUUUGCAAGAAGGACACUGGGAAGUGCAAACUCACCUGGCCAUAUGUGGAAGCCGCCCAGUCGCAGUUCCAGUAUUAACAGUUUGGCCAGCACUUACUCCCAGCAAGCGUCUGAGUUCCUUUCCAGCCCUGACUAUGGUCAGGGUCUGCUGAAUGACCUGAAUGAGUCUCUGCCUCCCUGCAGGGAAGAUGUCAGCGCAGUUGAAGACCUUCGCCUAGAGCUGGAUUGUUCAGAACUGAAGCAGCGACAGCUCCAAGAUAAGAUGGAGCAACUAGGUGAGGAGAGUGAUGAGCUCAGAAGAGUUGUUGUAGAUCUGCAGAGGCAGCUGGAUGUGUCACUUGCUCUCAAUGAGCAACAAAAGGGCUUGCAGGAAGAAUUAAAGGCUCUGGAGCUGAGAGAGGCAGCUUUGUCCAGAGAGGUCGAAGCACUCAGAACUGGGGAAAAAGCCACAGAGGCUGAGCAGCUGCUGCUUCAGGAAAAGCUGGCUGCUGCUGAAGGGAAGAACAUAGAGCUCAUGGCCAAGUUGGAUGGGUUUCUUAAUGAGAAGGGCCAGCAAGCAGCCAGGUCCUUUGAUUCUGCACAGAAGAUACAUGAGUUGCUGGACAGAGUGAAAGAGGCAGAGAAAGGGAAGAUGGAAGCUGUAGCUGAGGUUGAGGAGAAGAGGAGACAGUCAGAAAGGCUAGAGGAAGAGCUUAGAGUCAAAGAGGCAGCUGCAAAGGAUGCUGAAACAAAACUUGGAGCAUUACUGACAUCUGUGUCUGAGGAGAAAGUCAAGUUGGAAGAAAAAGUGGAGGAGCAGUGCUGUGCCCUUGACAAGUUGCAGGGGGCUUUGUCAUUGAAAGAGAAGGAGGCUAGCAAUCUACAGAGGCAACUGCAAGACCUCCAAAGAUCUCUAGAGGAGAAAGAGAAAGAGGUAGUAGAAGUGAAGAAGAGGGCGCAAGAAGAUAAAGAAGAGAUCCAGAAAAAUAUUGGUGACUUGAAAGAGUCUUUAAAAGCAGAAGUCGCUUCCCUUACAGAACAGCUUAAAGGAAAAGAGGCAGAGCUCGCCUCCAGCUGUGAGACACUACAACAGCUACAAGCCAAGAACCAGAGCCUGAUUACAGAGAGGGACAAAAUGAAUACUAGCAUUGCUGAGCUAGAGGGGAGCAUCAAAGAACAAGCCAUGAAGACAGAAGACUACAAGAUGCAGUGCUCCAAUCUAAUGGAACUAAAUGAGAAGCUACUGACCACAGUAAAGAAAAAUGAGGAGCUGAAGAAGGACAUGGCAGAAAACAGAUCAGGGCUUGAGGCUGAAUUAGCAGCUUUAAGGGCUUCUGAGAAACAACUUAGAGGCCAGCUGGAUGAUACCAAGAUGACAGUGGAUGAAAAAGAGAAGCGACUGCGUGAAGAGAACUGUAAGCUGGAUGAAAGUCUGCAGCGAGCCACCAUGGCUGCAAAGCUCUCAGAGACCACAACAAAGCGGCUGGAGCAGGAGAACCAGAGUCUGAGGGAGGAGCAGGACACUGUGAAAGCAGCUCUUGACCGCAUGCAGGCAGACUUGAAGAAUGUUCACGGGCAAAUUGGAGAGUUGGAAAAAAACUUGGGAGCUUCACGCAAGAAUGAAGCCAGUCUUCAGGAACAGCUCCAAAUCAAAAGGGCCCAGUUUGAGAGUAAAGAGAAUGACCUUGUUAAGUUGCAGUCCAGGCUAGAAGAUUUUGAGGGCAAGGAGAAGGAACUUGAGAAUGCCAAAGCUAAUGCGGAAGCCACCUGUGCUAAACAGGCAGAAAUGAUUGAAAGACUGACCUCUGAGAAACAGGUGAUGGAGAUGUCUCAGUUGGAGAGGAGUGCAGUCCAAGCCAAGGAAAAUCAGGAAAUAACAGGGAAAAUAGCUGUGGUUGAAGGUCAGUUAGAAGUUAGCAUGAAAGAAGUGUCCAGGCUCCAGGCGGAGGUCCUGGACCUUAGGGUGCAGGUGCAGAGAUCUGAGGAAGAAAAGCUAAAAUCAAAAGCACAGCUGGAGGUGACAGAAGCCCAAAGAAAUGAGCUCAGGACUCUGACUGAGCAACUUAAAUCCCAGGCAGAGGCACUGAAUCAGAAGCAUGUUGCAGAGCUCAUGGAAUGCAGAAAGAACGAAGAGGCGCUCACUGAAAAGCAUGACCGUGAAGUAGCUGCCCAUGCUGAGCUAGCUAUAUCUGCAGCUGCCAUGCGAGAAGAGUUGUCCACCCUCAAGGCAGAAAAUAGUAGGCUGGCUUUAGAGAACAACGAGAUACGUGAGGGUUUGCACAGGGCAAACACCGAGAUGGCAGAACUGGGGAUGACCAUCUGUAAGCUCAGCACAGAAAAAGAGGAGGUCAGAGAGAACUGGGAAGGAAAUUCUGCAAAGAUUACAGAGCUGGAGAAAGAUGUAGAACGACUAGAGAAGUGCAUGGAAGAACUACAGCUGGAGAAUAACAGUUUAAGAAAGGAGCUAACACAGAAAGAAACACUUCCACAGACUAUCAUGAAGCUCCAGGAAGAACUAGAAAAGACAAAGAACCAAGUCCAAACCAUCAAGGACCUCAGCCGAGAGGAGAUGGCAGCCAGCAAGUUCCAGAUGAGCUCAGAGAGCAUGAAUUAUCAAGUCCAGAUAAAGAGUUUGAACGAACAGUUGGACAAGGUGAAGGCUGAGCUGCAGGAGGAGCAGAGAAACAAGUCUAGCUUGCAGACUAAAGUGUCUGAACUAGAGGCUGAAACUGAGGAUUACUUGCACCUAACUGGCGAGAAAGAUGCUCACAUCACAAAGACAGAAGCAGCCAUUCGUGAGAAUGAAAGCGAGAUUCAGCAACUCAAAGAUGCAGCAACCAGUGCUGAAGAAGCGCUCUUCGCUGCACAAAAGACCUGCGAGGAAUUAAAGGAGAAAUUGAAGACAACGGAAGCUGACAAACAAAGCGAGUAUCUGAAGAUGACUGCAGAGAUCGAUGACCUCAAUAAAACCAAGACCACCCUUGAAGAGCGGCUGAUCGAGCUCUUAAAGGACAAAGAUGCUCUGUGGCAGAAGUCAGAUGCUCUGGAGUUUGAGCAGAAACAGCGAGCUGAGGAGCGUUGGUGGCUGGUGGAUCAGGAGGUCAAAAACUGUCUCGACUGCAAAAGCCAGUUCAAUUGGUGGACGCGCAGACAUCAUUGCAGGCUUUGUGGCCGCAUCUUCUGCUACCACUGCAGCAACAACUAUGUUAUGACCAAGCAAAGUGGGAAAAAGGAGCGCUGCUGCAGGGACUGCUACACCCAACAUAGUGCAGUGGUGGAAAGGUUCACAGCGGCAGAGCUAAGCCCUUCAGAUGUGCAGCCUCCUCCACCCGGAACUGGACCUCAACCACCCACUGAACCAGUUCCAUAUGUACCAACUCCCAGGGUAACAGUGUCUGAUCCCAGUAGCAGACUGGAGGAUGGAGCUUUUGACAUCAUUACAGAAGAGGAAGUGAAUGGUGUGUACGACAGUGAUACUACCUCUCAGACCACUGCAGGGUCCCUGGAGGGAGAACAAGACCGCAGGCAUCCAGGAGCACUAGAUUUAAGCACAGGAGAAGUGACCCCUGAUGACGAGCAAGUUUCCACUGUUCAGGAUUCAGAGAUCAACCUUCUCAAAUCGGGAGAAGUCACGGUGGCUGUACCUCUCAGCAUCGAUGAUAUCUCUAAGUUUGGUGACAGUUCCAGGGAGCUCUUUAUCAAGUCCAGUUGCUACAGUGUUAUUACUAUUGCUGUGGAUGACUCUGGGCCAACUAUAAGCUGGAUGUUUUCCUCCGAGCCCAAAAGCAUCUCCUUUAGCGUGGUUUACCGGGAAUCUACUGACAUUCCAGUGCAACAAUCAAAGGUCCUGAUUCCUCUCACUCGCUGCAUUUCUCAUAAAGAAACCAUUCAGGGACAGCUGAAAGUGCGGCACCCUGGCCUCUACACACUCAUCUUUGACAACUCCUUUUCACGGUUUAUCUCCAAGAAAGUUUUCUACCAUCUGACCGUGGAGAAGCCCAUAAUCUAUGAUGGAAGCGACUGCCCCUGAAGUGCUCACAGGUUGCCACAGAGGCAUAAUCCUGAUGUCACUGUCACACCUAAAGGAGAACUGGCAUGAUGGCUAAUUGCUGACCACUUCUCUUUAGUGUCCCAAACCAAGUAUAUUUUUCCAAAAAAUACUCUAUACCAUUUAACAGUGCAGUGUUGGUGUUUUGUGAUUUGCUCAUUGGUAAACUGUGGCCUACGUACAAUGUUGUCAAGUUAUCAUGAAAGGAUUUAGAAGGAAAACUAUUUAUGCAACUUUAAAAAUUUUUUUUAAAUAUGCACCAAGUAAAUAUGCAUGCCUUUAGUUCAUGUAUUUUUAGUUGAUUAAGCUGUUAUUUCUCUUGCCAAGUUUGGUAGUUUUAGUUUUACUUCUCUUUUAGCAAAUAUUUUAUGUUAGGGAUUGCAGGUAACUAUGAGUAACAGUAGUAUGAAAUUUGACUGUUCAUAGGCAACAAAUACAGAUGAGGACAAAAUUUUUAGUGCCCCAUGAAAUUUUUUUUAAGUAUUUCCCAAAUGCUGUUACACGGAGCAAGGAAUUUUUGACAUAGCUUUUCCAAACAAUGUCCUUCACAUAUCCUUCCUUCCACCUUGACAAGAUUCCCGGUUCCAGAUGCACUGAAGCCUCCGCACAGCAUAAAAUUCCCACCUCUGUGUUUCACUGUAGGGAUGAUGUUCUUUGGGUUGUAUGACUCUCCCUUCUUUCUCCAAACAUAUGCAGCGUCUCUGUGACCAGAGACCUCUGUUUUUUUUUCUUGGUCUGCAACCUAGCAGUCUAUUCCUACUACAGCUGAUUUGGCUAAGUCAAUGAUUAGCGUCUUGGCAGAUGUUCUGGGGGUCUUUAAACACAUCUCUCACUACCUCCGCCAGGCUUGUACGGUACUGUGUGGCUCUUUGAAUUGAUGAUACUUCUCUCCAGUUCCUGACACUUGGAAAUGCUGCGAAAACUUUGUAUAUCCAGCUGCUGCUUUGAGAGCAUCGACAAUUCUUUUUCUUAAGUCUGAACUGAUUUCUUUUGUUUUUGGCAUGAUGCUUUCUCAAGUGAGAGCUCAAACCCUUGCUGAUGUUUUUAAAUUGCAUUUAAAUUGGAAGAUAACCCUCAGUUUUAACUUGCUUUUACAGGCUUUGAGCAUUACAAAGUUGAAACACAUCGUUGCACAGCAGUGGUUUGUCCUAUGGCUCAAUGAAAAGGUCUGUUUUUAUAAUAUUGACCCUGGUUAUUUAUUUAUUUUUUUAAAUUAGUAUGUUAUUGUGUGCAACUAAUAAUAACGUAUGCUUUCUAAAGAAAACUAGUAUGCUUAGAAAUGCUACGUGGAAAACGCCUUGCUCUGUUAAAAAAGGACCUGGGAAAAUUUUGACAAAAACUUUAAAUUUCAUAGACGGGCUAAUAAUUUUGUCCUCAUCUGUACCUGCAAAGAUUGUCUAUGAAGACCCAGGAUGAUUUAUUUCUUUUUCUUUCUUUCUUUCUUUCUUUCUUUCUUUCUUUCUUUCUUUCUUUCUUUCUUUUUUUUAAUAUAUAUUUUGAGGUCAGUUUUAAAUGUUUUGUGCAAUCCUUAAACCAGAUGAAAUUUUGCAGACAAGUAGUUUGCUUGUGGCUUUUUCUUUUGACUUUUCUGACCAUGAUGUCAGCACUGUGGCAAGAAAGUAGCAAAACACAAAGAAAUUUAAGUGGCCUGGAAAAACACAGUUCCUGCUCCAUGGCACAGCAUGAGCACUUUGUGCACAUCUCAGGAGUUAGAAACACAGUUGCCCUUUAGCGGGUAUGUGUCACAAUUUUGUUUUUAUAAAACUUAAAGAAAAAAGAGGAAGAAAACUGCCAUUCUGCUUUCUAUGUAUGCAAAUUAUGGAAUAAGGUGAAGUAUUUGUACCUACUAAUACUUUACCUUAGCCCGCAGUAGUAAGUAGUUUGUUUUUUAAAUUACUUUAAAGUUUUAUAUUAAUUGUGUUGCUUUCAUAAGUGAACUGACGCACGAGACACGUAAGGCUUGUAGGACACAAAAAAGAUACACUAAAUUUAUGCUGUUUCUUCUCCAUAUUGGUAUCCAGGCUGCGACUCUACAUGACUGUAACUUUAAGUAUAUUGCUGACGAUUAACAGGCUACUCUACUUUCAAAGUGCCUUGUAAUUCUAAUUGCCAGGGAAUAUUUUGAUGUUUAAAUGAUACAUUUUCAUUUUUGUCGUCUUCUGUAGAAGCUUAAUUGAAGUGGUGUCUAUCUCUGGAAUCUUUUUGUUUUAGCUCUGGAUAAUAUUUUGUUUUGAUUUUACUCUUAGUGAUGAAAUGGAUUUGAAUAUUGUGUGCUGUUCAUUUCAUAUAUUUUUUUCUUUUUUAAGCAAGGCAAGGCAAUAAGGAAAAGCAUCUUUGGUCACUUUUGAACACAACCUUACACUCUGGGGCAAGCGAGGAUGCUGCUUUUUGUAGAGGCCUGUUUGCACUACAGUCGGAUCGAAUUUUUUUUAUCUUUGAUGGAUGGGUGGAAUUGGUGCAAAUUCUAUGCAAAGCAGAUGUUUUCUUUACAAAGCUGCACUUUGUGAUAAAUAUUUUAAAACUGUUACAAAUUAAAUGAAAAUCUGUUCAGUUUUUAUUAUUGUCAACAAUUCACAGGGAUAUAAUUUUUCUACGAGCUGUUUUUGAAUGAUUGUUUUGGGGGAAUAAAAUAUGUGGUACAGUGCUACAGAGACUGAGUGUAACUAAGACCUGUCUGUAAACAUGAAUAAAAUGAGAGUGGUGAUGUC